AUGAAGGAUCUUGUCCAGGAUUACGUCUGCUCCAAAGGGGCCUACAUUAACCCGGCAAUGGAGAUCUUCGACUUCCACACGACAGGACGAGGUUUUAUUGCCAAGACCUCGAUCAACAGGGGCCAAAUGGUGCUCGAAGUGCCGCAGACUGCAGUGAUAACGCCAAACUGGAUUUAUCACAACGCCAUUUCCUGCGUUUCGAAUAUUGUCGUGCUCGAAAACGACUUCAAAAUUGACGCCUUUGAUUUGGUCAUUCUCUGGUUGAUCCACGAGAAACAGAAGGGCAUGCAGUCCUCAGUCAGGGACUAUAUCACUUCGAUGCCGAGCCAGUGCACGCUUCCACACCAUUAUCGGCCCCGCCAUAUGAAACUCUUUCCGAAGCAGUUUCGUCAGAAAGUCGAUACUCAAAAGAGCGACCUACUGGCACGCUACGAGUACUUGGACAAAUGCUAUCGACGGCACGGGCGUGGAAUCGCCUUUGCUGAAUUUCAGUGGGCAGCAACUAUGGUGUUAACGAGAUCAAUUCAAGCAAAGGGUCUCAAGUUGUGCUGUGAGUUGAUUGACGCACCUUGGUUUAAAAGCGCAGAAUCUGCGUCGGAAAUUGGCCUCUGCCCUUUCUUCGAUCUCUUGAACCACUCAUCUGAGAAUAACUGCGAGUGGGAUUUCAACCCUGUUACUGGCUCCGUCUGGGUGGAAGCCAUUGGAGACAUAAAAAACUCAGAUCAAUUGCUCAUCGAUUACGACCAAGGAUGCGACGACUACAUGUUAAUCAAUUACGGAUUCUGUUUGCCACCUGGGGAAAACCCAAAGACCGCCCUUGAGCUUUCUUGGUCAGAAAUCAGAGCUGUGAUCGAAGCAAACGUGACCAGCGAUAUCCGUCAAGUGCAACAAAUCUUCAACAGGACUAAAAUCGACACAGAAAACGCAGAAGAGCGACUUGUCUUUAAAAUCUUCCACGAUCGAAUUCCAUUCAAGUUUUCCUACAUUUUCGAGGAGAUUUUCAAUUCGGCUUCAUUUGAGGAAAAGGGAAUUUUAUUCCACAAGCGUCUUUCCGACGAGCGUCUAGCAGACGAAGACUUCCAGGCGCUUUAUUUGGAGCAUCUCCAGCGCGUCAUCCUGCUCAAGUGCUUGGAAUCGCGCUGCGCCGAGCUCGACGAGCUCAACCAAGCUUUCGACCAUGCGAAGUUGACGAUGGACGCGACACGGCUUUACCAAGUCGGACAGAUUUUGAAAAAUCACAGCGCCAUCGCCUUCAAAUGGCGAAACGAACUGACCGCCGAGACCGACCGCUUGAAAAUCGAGCUUGAAGUGUUUCAACUGGCCAAAAAUCUGGAUAACUGCGAGAUCGACAAUUCAGAAAUCGAAAACGAAAUUACCGCCUGA